AUGGUUAAAAUAAAAAAAACGGAUAAACCUUCUAAAUCAAACACUGUAAAAAAAACAGUAGAGACAUAUCCAAUAAAAAAAGCAACAUCAAAAUCCAAGAAUCUUCUUUUCGAAAAGAAACCUAAAAACUUUAGUAUUGGUCAGGAUAUUCAACCUAAACGUGAUCUGACACGUUUUGUUAAAUGGCCUCGUUAUGUACAAAUUCAAAGACAAAAGAGAAUUCUAAGCAUGCGUUUGAAGGUCCCUCCAGCAAUUUCUCAAUUUAGUUUUACUUUAGAGAAAAAUAUUGCGCUCGAACUUUUUAGGCUUCUUAAUAAGUAUAGGCCUGAAACUAAAAUUGAAAAAAAACAAAGGCUUCUCAGUAAAGCAGAAGACAAUUUUAAGGGGGUAGUAGCAAAAGAUUUAGAAAAAAAGCCUUUUUGUGUCAAAAGUGGAUUAAAUCAUAUAGUAUCUCUUAUAGAAAAUAAGAAAGCAUCGCUUGUAAUAAUUGCUAAUGAUGUUGAUCCUAUUGAAUUGGUGGUCUAUUUGCCUUCGCUUUGCCGAAAAAUGGGCGUUCCAUACUGUAUUAUAAAGAAUAAAGCACGUCUUGGAAUUGUUGUUCAUAGAAAAACGUCAGCGGUACUUGCUUUUACUGAGGUUAGGUUCGAAGAUAAAAAUACGCUGGCUACUUUAAUUUCAGCUAUUAGAGUUAAUUAUAAUGAUAAAUAUGAUGAAUUUAGACGUAUAUGGGGAGGUGGUAUAAUGGGUAAGAAAUUAGUUAGUAUUAAUAUUUCGAUGUAA